AGGACUCUUUCUCUAUUUCUGUGCAUUAUCUAGCUAACUGCAGGCUCAUUCCUCCUCCUCUCUCUCUCUGUCUGUGUGCGUGUGACUAUGGAUGGUGGACUCCCCAUGCUAAACUGUCUCUUGCAGCAAACAUUGAGGAGUCUGUGUUCAUCUUCAGAUUCUUCUAAUUCUUCCAAAUGGGUUUACGCUGUCUUUUGGAGGAUAUUGCCUAGAAAUUACCCUCCACCAAAGUGGGAUUAUGGAGGCACUACCCUAGAUCGAUCUAAAGGAAAUAAAAGAAAUUGGAUCCUUGUUUGGGAGGAUGGAUUCUGUGAUUUCUAUGAAUGCGAGAGAACAGGAAGUGGGUAUAUGAAAGGAAAGUUUGGAGCAGAUAUUUUCUUUAAAAUGUCUCACGAGGUCUACAAUUAUGGAGAGGGAUUAGUCGGGAAAGUUGCAGCAGAUAACAGCCACAAAUGGGUGUUUAGAGAAACUCCAAGUGAGAGUGAUCCUAACUUCAUCUCCUCUUGGAAUAUGUCUAUUGAACCUCAACCAAGAGCUUGGGAAUUUCAGUUCAAUUCAGGCAUUCAGACAAUUGCCAUUAUUGCAGUUAGAGAAGGCAUCAUUCAAUUGGGUUCAUUUGAAAAGAUUCUGGAAGAUCUCAAUCUAGUGAUUAAUGUACAGAGGAAAUUCAGCUAUCUCCAGAGCAUACCAGGAGUGUUUGCAAUGCAAAGACCAUAUCUGCCCAUCCAACACCCGUACAUGCUGAAACCUAACACCCGUUUGAUAGAGAGCCAAGAAGGAGCUUUCUCAAUUGAUGAUAAGCGUCAAAUAUCAGGAGUAAAGAGAUUGUUCGAUGAAAGAUUUGAUGAUUUUGCCAUCAAGUCCAUCAACUUAGGCUGGAACAGCCCACAAAUUGGCAUUAGAGGACCACCCAUUUGGUCAAUUCCACCUCUUCUUCCUGCCAUGUCUUGCAGCCUUGGAGCUUUGCUAUCAAAGCUACCUUCUGUCAUCCCAUCCUAUGAUACCACUGAAGCCAUUGAUACAAAUCUGCUUGUCAGCAGUAAUAACAAGAGUACAUCACAGGUAGCCAAGGUUAAUAAUCAUGGUCUGGUAAGUCAAGGACAUGUUGCUAGUACUACAAAAGUUGAGUCCUCUUGCCAGUUAGAUGCUGGUAAACCCAUUUCUUUAAACCCUAAUUCUGAGUUAGAAAACGAGACUGUUGGCUUUGGAAAUCCGAGCAAGAGAGAAAGUUCACUGAACCUGAGUUGAUUAGGAGAAACAAAUUGAAUUUAUUAUUGGCUCACCUUCUUUUAAUAAAUUGUUGCAUUAUGAGAUUAGUGUACAUUUUUGUAAUAAAAAGAAACAACUGAAAAAAAAAAAAUAGUGCUGUUGUCUUUCUUUUUCA